ACGCUGCGGCGCCUGCUCAGUGCGUCCCCGCCGCUGCUGCUCGGAUCCUGGACGAGGGGCUUCUCUGUCUUUACGUCUUCUACACUCUGUAUGUGUGUGUGAGACAGAGCGUGAGUGUGUAUGUGCUGUCUGAUGAUAUCCUAUGGAUUGACGGAGGGAGGCUAUUGUUGUCAGCCCGGUGGUUUAUUCUGCUGGAGCUGCACUUUCACCGGAGAAUGCCCAGAGGAACCGGAGCUGUGUUACUGCACGGAUAGCGCAGAAAUCCACCCGAGAAACACGAUAUUGACAUGAAGAAAGACAUUGAGACUCUAAUAGCAGAGGAACGUGCUGAUAUCAUCUUGAAAUAUGCUACGGGCAGGCAGGGUGGGGUGGAGAUUGACCCGUGGGAAGAUGCUGACUACAGUAUCUACAAAGUCAUCGACCGCUUCGGCUUCAUGCACGAAGACGAGCUGCCAGCCCUGACUGCACAUGAAGAAAAGAGGAAGCAGCUUGAGAUAGAGAGGGCGGAGAAGUGGCUGAAGAUGGUGAAGAAGUGGGACAAAUACAAAAACAGCGACAGGAUGGUGAAACGGGUGUACAAGGGCAUCCCCCUGCAGCUCAGAGGCCGGGCCUGGGCUCUGAUGCUGGAUGUGGAGAGAGCAAAAACGGAGAACGAAGGCAAAUAUGAGACAAUGAAGGAGCAGGCCAGACUGUACUCAUCUGAGAUCAAACAGAUCGACCUGGACAUCAACAGGACCUUUCGAAACCAUAUCAUGUUCAUGGAUCGCUUUGGAGUCAAGCAGCAGUCUCUUUUCCAUGUUCUUUCUGCAUACUCGGUCUACAACACAGAGGUGAGCUACUGCCAAGGGAUGAGUCAGAUCGCUGCCCUGCUGCUGAUGUACAUGAACGAGGAAGACGCCUUCUGGGCGCUGUCACAGCUGCUGACCAAUCAGAAACAUGCUAUGCAUGGAUUUUUUGUUCCCGGAUUUCCCAAACUUCAGCGAUUCCAGGCACAUCAUGAUCAGAUUAUUUCCAAACUCAUCCCCAAGCUAAAGAAACAUCUGGACAGAGAGCAGAUGUCUGCAGGGAUUUACAGCACGAAAUGGUUCCUGCAGUGUUUCAUUGACAGGACGCCGUUCACGCUGACUCUUCGACUGUGGGACAUUUUCAUUCUGGAGGGAGAGCGGCUGCUCACCGCUAUGUCCUACACCAUCCUGAAGAUACACAAGAAGCGGCUAUUGAAGAUGUCUCUGGAGGAACUCAGAGAGUUCCUGCAGGAGCGAAUUGCUCAGACUUUCUUCUACAGCGACGACGUGAUCAUCGAGCAGCUUCAGGCCUCCAUGACUGAACUGCGAAAGAUGAAGCUGGACCUUCCUCCUCCAGGGAAGCCUGAUGAGUUGCCUCGUAAGCAGCUGGGUCAGGAGCUGCCAGUGCUGUUGAGUCCAGUCCAGCCCUCCAGAGGGAAGCAGUCCUCAGCCAGCGGGUUCCCCAGAGCAGGUCUCAGCCUCCACAUCAUCUCCCACCAACCUGACUCCAUAUCCCCAGACCAGAGCCCCUCCAAGGACCCCAAGGAUCUCGAUGUCGUGGACGAGGAGGAGGCCCCGCUGCCUUCCCCAGAUCCCAUCAUCAUCCACAGCCAGGCCCCGCUCACUCCCGACGGCUCUCCGCUGAUGGGGCCUCCGCCUUACCAGCCCCCAGGGAGUGAGGCAGUGGUCAUAGAGGCUCACCCCUCACCACCAGAUCAGGGAAGGGAUGAAAUGCAACCGCAGAUUGCAGAUGCACUUUCCCUAGCCUCCACAGACGACUCCUCUGUGGUCACUCGCUCAGCUGGCAACACCGACCAAUCCUCCUGCAAGGUCCCACGGACUCUUUCAGCUCCUGUAGCUCAGGCGGCUUUGCCAGCUUCUGGACUGUCUCAGUCAGAGAGUUUGUCUGCAGCAGAGAGAGCUGAGGACAGUUACCUGGCCCAGCUGCUGGAGCAGGCCUCAGCUCUGCCCACCAACAGGAACCUGAACCAGGACUUGAAUGAAGCAUCAGAGGAAACACAGCAGGCUCUGGACAUUUAAUGAAAUGAGCACUAGUUUAUUGAUUAUAUGCCCUCUCCAUUUCUUGGAUUGUGUGUCAGUGGCAUGGAUUGGCUCUGCCUUUUUCAACUGUUUGGUACAUUAAAUGUUCUGUAUGGGUCAAGCUCAGGCAGUUCAAACAGUUUGGUGGAUGAGGAUACUGUUAAUGAAGUGAAGAACUACAGAAGUAGGAUUUAUCAGUCAGAGUAUAAAUGUCAAGCAAUAAGUGCUUAAAAUAUAUUAACAAUUUAAGGAGAAGUAUGAGUUUUAGUAAUCUAAUUUGUCGAUUUUUAAGAGACAGAGAUCUUUUGAGAAGACCAUGAACUUCUUUCCUGAGUUUGUAAAAUCAAUUCAAACUCAGCAGAGCACUUUGUAAUGACUGAAAUGCAGUCUGAAGCUCUUGCACUGCUUGCACUAUGGAAGGAGCAUGCGGGUAUAUGACAGUGUCAUCCACAUAUACGUGCAUUUUUGCUUGAAUGUCUUUACACAAAUCAUUUAUAAAAAAAGAAAACAAAAUAGGCCCCAAGAUGCAACCCUGGGGGACACCUGUAGUUAUCUCAAGAAAUAUGCAUAUGUGCACUGGGCUCUAACUAAACACUGGCAGCCACUCACAUAUAAAAAUGAUUCAAUUAACAAAUUAAAAGAGUAGGAAAUUUGACUUAGCUGCAUAAAAUUUGUGACGUGGGGUCUGUCCAAUCACAUUGGUUUAUAAUGCCUAUAAUAGUGCUGUAUCUCAUCUAUAUUGUGCAGUAUUGUGCAGGUAGCAAUAAUGUUGCAACCCCACACUGAAUCCUGGAGGGACAGCAUGUGUUCUUUUCAUCCAGCAUAAGUUCAGUCACAAAAAUGCAAUCACUGCGCAUUCACAAAUAAUUUCUCCUAACAUAGGUUGUCUCUGCCUGAGUGCCAUCUCCCACUGCUGCUGAUAGGUUAAAAACCUCUGGAGCUCUCCCCAACAUCAACAGAGAUGGAAGUGAUUUCCUCUUGAAGGGAUAGUUUGGAUUUUUGAGGUGGGGCUGUAUGAGGUACUUAACCAGAGUCUGUGUAUUACAUACAGUAGAUGUCAGUCAGCACACCCCCAGUUUGAAAAGCAGGCUGGAGUCAAACGUAGAAGCUAGGCAAUUUACAGCUGUGAAGGGAUCAGCAACAAAUCUAUUUUAGCCACCUAAAAAAAAAGUCCCACCUAAAAAAUUAUUAUCAGUUUAAGCGUAUGCUAUAUUGACAGUAUUUUCACCACUUGACCUUUCCGUUAGACAGCCCAUUUUCACAAGGAAGCUGCCAACAGCCACCAGGCUCAUUUGAGAAAAACAGUAAUUUUAGCUUGCUGGACACAGAAGCUGCCAGUCCACUGCUGCUUCGAACAAUUAGUUAGUUUGUGUUAUUGUGUGACUUUGUUAAAUAUAGACUAACUUUUUAACUAACCCCAAAGUCACACAAUAACACAUACAAACUAACUGAUUGAGGCUACAGUAGAUCGGCAGCUCCUGUGUUCAGCAAUGUUUAGGUACUGUUUUUCUCAACAGAGUCUGGCUUUGAAGAGAGCAAUACAAGGGCUCAAUUUUCCCAGUGAAAUCACUUGUCUGACAUUAAAGUAAAACUAUGAAAAUACACUCAGUGUUCCAUACACUUAAACUGAAAUUAAUUUUUGUGAUGGGACUUUUUUAGAUGGCUAAAAUACAUUUUGUUGCUGCCCCCCAUCCACAGCAGUACAUAGCCUAGCUUCGGUGUCAGACUCCAGCCUGCUUCUCCAAACUAGGGGAGUGGUGACUGACAUCUGCUCAAUGCAGUGUAUUGUCUAUGGAUAAGUGUUCCAUACAGUCCCUUCCAAAGAUCUGAAAUAUCCCUUAAGAUAAUGUUUCUGCUUCUAGGCACAAAGGUAGGAUCGCAUGUGUCACUAGGAAUUUGUGGCAAGUAAGGACUGAUUUUCUACUGUGAGAUGCUCAAUACAUAUGGACCCAGUUUGUCUUCCGUUGCUCUGCAGGAGCUUUGUCAAGUCUAAAAAAAAACAAAAAACCCUGAUGAUGUAAUGCUGAUGUCAUCAUAGUUGUCUCGAAUCGAGUUUAGAGACUACAAAUCUCUAACAGAAGUCUUAGUCACAAACCGGGAAUGUAGAGUUUAACAGAUGUGUGUAGUUUCCAAGCAGGGAGGGGCUAAUAUAAGAUGCUAUUGAGUUGACUUGAUGGGAAAUGUCGGAUCUAGAGGUUCUGGAGCUUGACCCAAACUAGGGAUUAAAGUUUGGCCAUUCUGUUUUUAACCUGUCUUUCACAAACCCGCAGCUUCAUGAAGGUGGAAUACUCUCUAGUGCAGACAAAAUGAAUGUGUUUUAAAUCUCAAAAAUAUUGGUAUUGGAUGAAAGAAAAUAGAAAUGAUCAAAUUACUUUAACAAAAUACUUUUAACACUAGCUAAAACUCUGACCUGUGCAGAGCAAAUGUACCUCACAUUGUUACCUUCCAUGGCACAACAAUCCCUUCAAGAACACUCCUCUCUUGCUUUUGAUGCACACCACGUGUUAUUUUUAUUUUGAGAAAUUGUGCUCAUUUCCCAGAUUUUGAGGGACCUGGUUCUCACAGGAGAAGUAGGAUGAUAAGGAGACACAGCUACACUGACUGUCAAGACACCUCUGAAGUAUUCAAAAUCACAUGCACACUGUUUCCUGUUUGGCUGAAAAAGUCUGAAUUACCUGGAUAGUGACUUUGAUGGAGUUUUACUGCUGCAGAGAGGAGUCUGAAAGCAUACAGAAAUCUCUGAGGCAUCACCCUUUACAAUAAAAGAAACAUUUUUGUAGUUUUGUAACGUUUCAUCAGAGAACAUGUUGCUCAGUCAGCCUUUGUAAAAUGUUUGCUAGCAGAGUUACAGUUUUAUUUUUUGUACCAAUGUCUUGAUGCCUUAUUUGGAUCAGCUUCAGUUCUUCUGUGGACGUUGUUGAUGUUGAACCGUGCACAACAACAGAGGAAGUGAGGUCAUUUGACACAGCACGAGGACAAAAAACAACUUUCAGGUGUUAGACUGAACACGAAACCUCUGACAUGGUGAGCUGGCUCACUGUUAUGAUUGUACACAUUGAAACCUAUUAAGCUCAUUUGAAAUAAGUGGUUUUCUAGCUCAGUAAUUUAUUGUUUUAUCUUCUUAGAAAGACAUCCAGGUCAUUUCACUGCUCUUGUGCUCAAUCUUCUCAAGAACUGGAAUAUUUGCUGCAUUUCCACUGAGCUCCUUGAACAGUGAAAAUACCCUUUUGUUUUUUAAUCCUACAGAAGAGGAUCUGGAAUGGAUUUAGACUUGUCAGAUUUUAAUAGCUUUGUGUUUGUACAGUAUUGUAGAACCAGUGGGUAAGAAGAGUUAAAGGCAGUUUUCCCAUCUGAGGGUAGAAAAAACAUUUCUUCAGCUUUAGUGCUUAGAAAUAGUGAAAGGUUGACAUCUUGUGGUUGCUUUAGGUUAGGCAUGACUCUAUUUAGAUCUAGCACAGAGGAGUAGAAGUGUUUUAGAAAGACUUUUGAACAUUUAGAAUUAAUCCAAAUGACAACAGAUUCGACUGGAAAUAUUUUAAGUUUUGCAAUUUAAUGCCAUUAUUUUGAAUUUUGUGAACAUACUGUGGCUAUUAAUGACAUUUGACUGUAUUUCAAUCUAAAUGUGGUUUAAAUAGGCUAAUUGUGUAUAAAAGUAGCCACAGUUGAACCAAUGGACCAAUGUGCAGGAAGUUUUCUUCAGCUUCUUUGGAGGUUGGGGUCUUUAAAUUAGAUGAAGUUACAGUAUAGUACUAUGUCAUUGUUGUGCACUUCAGGUCAGAUUGUGGAGAUAAAACAAAGUGUUUGAGUCUUGGCUUGAUAUUUGUUGUCUACAUUGAAACCUACAGCACCUUUUGUUAUAAGAAAUUGAUGAAACCCUGGAGCUGAAAAAAACAAAAAUACAACUUUUAUCUUCCUUGA